CACUGAUUGUCAGCACUGAUAGGUGGCACUGAUUGGCAUUAAUAGGUGGCACUGACUGGCACUGAUGGGUGACAUUGAAAGGCAGCUCAGAUGGGCACUGAUAUGUGGCAUUGAUAUGGCACUGAUGGGCACUGGCACGUGGCACUGAUGGGCACUGGCAUGUGGCACUGAUGAGCACUGACAGGUGGCACUUCUGGUGCCACACUGAUCAUCAGGGCACACUGAUCAUCGGUGCCCUGAUGAUCACUGUCAGCGUGACAGCUUGGGAGGAGAGAAAUGCCGAUAACAGGCAUUUCCGUGUUUACAUGUGAUCAGCUGUGAUUGG